CACUGCUGCGGGCUUUUACGGCAGCGUUUUACGACACUGCGCCCGCUUCCUCACCGUCCUGCUCCAAGAUGGCGUCGUCGUUCUGGAAAGGUGUCGUCGGAGUCGGACUCUUCGCCUUGGCUCAUGCAGCUUUCUCGGCAGCACAGCAUCGAUCAUACAUGCGACUCACAGAGAAGGAGCACGAGACACUACCAACUGAUAUUGUAUUGCAGACCUUGUUAUCGUUCGUCAUGACCUGUUACGGUAUCGUCCACAUUGCUGGAGAGUUCAAAGACAUGGACGCCUCCUCAGAGCUGAAAAACAAGACGUUUGACACGCUGAGGAACCACCCGUCCUUCUACCUCUUCAACCACCGGGGUCGGGUGUUAUUCCGCUCUCCGGAGGAGGAGCCGUCCUCCGCACGCAACCAGCAGGCUCUUCCCAACCCCAUACGGCUACGCAAGCUGGAGCAUUUGCACUGAGAACUGGCCUUUUCCUGCCUGGAACAGCGUCAUUGUCAGAUAAGAUUUGUUUUUGUUAGUCGGAGCAAGGGAUCUUCCUCCUCUUCCAUUUUUAAUUUGUAAAUAAACUAACAUGCUGUCUGAACAUGCAUCCUGUCCAUCAAGUGGUUACCAGUAUCCCACACUGACUGUGCCAACCCUUUGGUUUUUUUUCAUGCCGACUUCUUUGUACAUACAGUAUGUAAUUGCUUCGGAAUGUCUUAAGAUUCUGAGACGUCUCCCUUUUUGUCCCUCUGAGCCGAAGCCGGUGGAUUGCGAUCCUUUGUAAAUCUUUUGUAUGAGGGGCGAAGCAAAGCCUGUUUCCGUUACCGUUUAAUUCCAGCCUUUAGCCGCUGUCCGGGGCAAAACUCUCGGGAAUGAAAUGAGUUUUAUUGUACAAGCGGAGGACUCAUUUAUUUCCUCGAUGUGGGAAAGGCUCGGCACUUCCUGUGUGCGAGCGGCUGGAAUGCCACGGGAAACGGCGCUGGAGGCGAGAAGAGACGGCGGGAGUUUUGAUAAUACUGUGAAGACUAAAGCAGAGAGUGAUGGUACAUUCAUUUGGGUGACUUUUUUCUUUCCUCCUUCGUUUUGGUAAGACUCUACAGAUUGUUUUUAAUUUAAUAAAAGGCAUACUGAUUUUACAAAGUG